UGUCAUUGGCCUUCCGUGUGUACAGACGCUCCCUUUAUUCGCUUAUUCCACUGUCAAUCAUUCGGGUGCCGAACUACCGGAGCACCGUGGUGUCUGCAUCUGCUGCGGAUACAGCAGGGACGGUAGGGCUGGGUAGGGCCUGACCUGAACGUGCAGUGGAUGUAUGUAGAGCUGCAAAUGUUAUAGUUUAAACCAAAAUGUCUCUCCUUUUGAAAUGCAUAUGGCACAUUUUAUGGAUGCACGCCCGUUCAUCACCACCAGGCUCUGUACGAGACCAAUGAGGAGCGGUCGUCUCUCUGCAGCAUCUCCAGCGUAAACAAUUGUUGCGCCAAAUGCACCGUUUUCUUUAACCGUCCUUGAUUUAUCCCAAUCUCCAUCACCAGUAAUUCUGCAGCAGGGUGGCACCAUGUUGACCAGCAUCACUGAAGGCAUACUGUGUUGCCUCACUGGUAAGACUGCCAGUCUGGUCCUGCCUCUGGAGUCGUCAGAACCCUCUGAUGGGUUUGAGUUUGUGGAGGUGAAACCUGGGAGAGUCCUGCGGGUACGCCACAUUGUCCCUGAGCGGCAGGCCCUGGUGACAGAUAAACAAGUAACAGUAAAGACAGAUGGCAACUUCAACAAUGAGAGCUGUUCUCAGAAAAAUGAGAGCAAAACUGGCAGCAGCGUCCACUGUAAGAGGAAGAUCACUGUGUACCGUAACGGCCAGCUGGUGAUCGAGAACCUCGGUGAUGUUCUGCACUCUGAGAUUCUGCAGUGUCAGGAUGGAGACCUUGAGCCCUGCAGCACGGUGGAGGUGGAGCUGGCUGAUUAUAAAGAAAUGCCCUCAUCUCCAGACCCCAACCCUGUUCCUCCUCCGGUUCCGCCAACUCACGGGGAACAAAAACCCGCUCCGCCUCCUCGCAGGCGCCGCCGCAAACCCAAACGCACAGUAGUGAUCGACUCUAAAAGGGUGAUCUCCAGCUGCAAAGGUACGGACUCGGACGUUGCGCUAUUUUUCGUGCACGGAGUGGGCGGCUCUUUGGACAUAUGGGGCAGUCAGCUGGACUUCUUUUCUCGACUGGGCUAUGAGGUCAUUGCUCCAGACCUGGCAGGACAUGGAGCCAGCACUGCCCCACAGAUCGCAGCAGCUUAUACCUUUUAUGCCCUGGCGGAAGACCUCCGUGCCAUUUUUAAGAGAUAUGCACGUAAACGCAACAUUCUCAUUGGCCACUCAUAUGGCGUGUCAUUUUGCACAUUCCUGGCCCAUGAAUACCCUGAUUUAGUUCAUAAGGUGGUGAUGAUCAACGGAGGCGGUCCCACAGCUCUGGAGCCCAGCCUGUGCUCCAUUUUCCAACUGCCAUCUUGUGUCCUACACUGUCUGUCCCCCUGUCUGGCAUGGAGCUUUCUCAAAGCAGGGUUUGCUCGUCAGGGGACCAAAGAGAAGCAGCUGUUGAAGCAGGGCAACGCCUUCAACGUGUCUCCGUUUGUCCUGAGAGCCAUGAUGAGUGGACAGUACUGGCCUGAAGGAGAUGAGGUCUACCACGCUGAGCUCACUGUUCCCAUCCUUCUGGUUCAUGGCAUGUGUGACAAGUUUGUGCCCAUGGAUGAAGAUCAGCGGAUGGCAGAGAUCCUGCUUUUUGCAUUCCUCAAAGUCAUAGAGGAAGGCAGUCACAUGGUCAUGAUGGAGUGUCCUGAGACUGUCAACACUCUCCUCCAUGAGUUUUUCUUAUGGGAGCCGGACAUGUCCAGGAAAGACAGUAGCAAGACAGAAACAGACAAGACCGCCGCUGCCAGUGACACUCUCCAUACACUGAAAACCAACAAGUCUAUGGAUAAAUAACCACGAGGAGUCUAGGAGUCAACACAACCAACCAGAAGGCCUUUUUUGGCAGUAGGCAAAUGUUCCUGAGGCUGCUUCCAGGCUGAGAGCUGUUACUUCCAGACCCAUCUCUUCAUGAUGUGGACGGUGUAGAAGAUAAAGCAGGACUUUCAUCAGACGGGGAUGAAGCAAAAAAAAAAAAAGUUUCUUCUUCACUUAUUGAAAGAGUCGGUGCUCCAUCACAUCACACUUUUUAAGAGAGACAAUAUGUGGAGAUAAAGGACGUACGUCCAUGUGGUUUGUGUUGAAAUGUCUGUGGUGAAGAACUAACAACUGGAAAAAGAGAAAGGCAUAAAACCCAUUCAUUUUCUGACUCUAUCAUAAAUAUUCUGUCUGCAAAACCUACAGUCUGCCUUUAUGCCUUUAUGGAGAUGUGAAGUGUAAAGAUAGAGGUGAAUGCAUCAAACUGGAGAGUUAUAAAUGCUAUGGUGAUGUCUGAUUCUGUACAAGACAUCAUUUCUUAACAUAUAAAUAUGUGCCAUGAUUAAUAAGCUAUUGUACAUGCAGAUAUAGUUAACAACUGCACCACAAGCAGAAAUCAAAUGAACCCAACUGUUACAGUGAUACAGUGCAGUCAGUCACCAUCUGAAAUAUGAAAAUCCCCAGUGGCAGAAGCUGGAAUUGGCUUGUAUUUUCAAAAAGAAAAAAGUAUUUAAUAUUAAUUCAAACAGGUAUGUGGGAGUACAUUAACCAUAAUGGAAUAAAUCACAAACAUGAAUCCCAAAUGCAUGAGAAACAAGUUAUAAUCUAACAGAUUUAAGUCAAUCUAACGUAACGUAAAACCAGACAAUAACUAACACUGUUGCCUUUGUGGCCCACCUCCAUCAGUGUAGAAGCCAUUUUCUCAAAAUUAUAUAAUACUAUAAUAUCCUAAGGAUACAACAAAUACUAAGGACCCUGCAUGAGUUACAUGAGAAUAUGAAAAUGUGUAAGUGAUGAUUAAGAGAGUUUCAGUAUAUUGUCAUAUUGAAAAAUCCACUCCUAAGUGUCUCUCCUAAUGUGUACGUAUUAUUAUUAUUAUUUAAUUCUGAAAUAACAGCAACUGCCAUAACAAAGUGUGGUUGUAUUAACUGCUUCAAGCUGUUCUGUCUCUAAGCUGAUUAAUUCCAACUAAAGGUGUGUUCCCCUAUUUAUCUAACAGUGAAAUAUCGAGCUGAACCUUAUAUUCUCUGAAAGACAUUCAUUCGUGGGUGUUGUUUUGUCUCAUAAUGGGACAGUAAGAUGCAAGAAAAAGCACAGUCUAUGCUCCCAGACAGUGAUUAUCUAUUGACUGGAUAGCAGAAAGUGUUAAUUAGUAAAUGAGAGUUUUUGUCAUGGUUAAAGCAGAAACGAAUGAAUCAAAGGAGCGGUCGUAGACAGCCUGCAGGUUGUCGUAUAUGCAUUUUAACUGACUGCAGAUGCAACGUGACAAGGCUUAUGCAAAUGGACAAAAAGAACGAGACAUGACUUAAAUGACAUGGGACUGACAGCUGCGAAACCGUAUAUAGUCUCUAUGGACUUUCAGAAACCAAGUGCUGCUGAAUGCAACGUAUUGUAUGCUUCCUUUUGGUGUAAUGAUAGGUCAUCGGAACUCCAAGGACUACAGGGUGUACAUGUACUUCCACCUGCAUACACAGAUUGUCAGUGCUCAUGUGUGUUUUAUCUUUUUGUCGUUAACCAAAUGUGCUAAAGUUAUUGUUGCAUUUACUCAUGGGAAUCUUAUUAUAUGCACUACUUGAGUAAAGAUGCAUAUGACGUUAUAUACCCUAUGAAAACUAUUGGAUUCAGUGUACACAGUAAAUGUGCCUUUUAUGGCAUGAAAUAAAAACAAAUGUUCAAAUGGG